AUGUUCAAUUUAAUGGUUUUAAUCUUUAAACCAUCAGUUAGUCGUUCACCGUUUGUUUAUUUGUGUACUUGUCUGUGCUUUCUACUGAAUAUCGAUCAGUAUAGUCGAUUUUCUGAUUAUUUUGACGUUAAGAACCAUGUCACAGGGGAAAAACGGUCAUACAAAGAAGCUUUUCUACAAUGGGGUUUUACUAAGUUUGUUGAUAAAAGUGUUGAGAAGCCUCAAUGUGUUCUGUGCAACAAAGUUCUCACAAUAGAAAGUAUGAAACCAAGCAAAUUAAAAGAACAUUUUGAGAAAAGCCAUUCUCAGUUUGCAGAAAAAGAUAUUGCAUUUUUCAAACGUAAAGAAGAUGCGUUAAAAAAUGCACGUAUGGAUUCAUCCGGCUAUUUUUUUCAGUCAACUGAAGCUGGUCUUGAAGCUUCGUGUUGCAACGCUCUUCGAAUCGCGAAAAACAAGAAACCUCAUACAAUUGGAGAAAAUCUCAUCAAACCUUGUAUACUAGAUGCAGUAAAACUUGUUCUUGUAGAGCAACAUGUUGAAAAGACCAACAAGAUAUCACUUUCUAACAACACUAUUAAAAAUCGUAUCGAGGAUAUGAGCAAGAAUAUUUUGGACACAGUGCUUAAUGAAAUAAAGUCAAGUUCUUUCUUCGCCUUACAGUUAGAUGAGUCGACCGACGUUGCAUCUUGUUCCCAGCUACUUGUCUAUGUUCGAUACAUAAAAGGCGACGACUUAAAAGAAGAAUACUUAUUCUCAGAAUCACUGAGCACUACUACACGCGGGGAAGAUGUUUUUCAAACAGUGAAACAUUUUAUCGAUGAAAAGAAUCUGCAGUGGUCGAAGUUAAUAGGUGUCUGUACAGAUGGAGCACCAGCAAUGUUGGGCAUUCGUUCUGGUUUCCAAACAUUACCGAAAGAGGUUGCUCCGUUUGCAUUAUUUAGCCACUGCAUUAUUCACCGUUAUGUUUUGGCAAUAAAAACUCUCCCACCUGAUUUAAUGGACACAUUUACUCGUGUAGUGAAAAUUGUUAACUACAUCCGAAGCAGUGCGACAAAUACAAGAAUAUUUAAGGACUUAUGUAAUGAACUGGGAGGAAAAUUUGACGUCUUGUUGUUCCAUACAGAGGUACGUUGGUUUUCGCGAAGCAAGGUUGUUAUGGGCUAUGAGAUAUCUGUAAGAUAUCUACGAGAUAUCAAGGCUAAGAGGCAAACCGUCAAAGGCUACCAUCAACAAGGAAGACUUGAUCAUUCUUUCUCGUUGAUAACUCCAGAAGAGAAGACCAUUCAAUUCAACGUUGCAGAAAGUAUCAGACAGGAUGACAACAUCAACGAACAUCGCAUUAUUGUGAGUGAAUAG